AUGGAGACCGUCGAUUUGGCGGUCAUCGGCGCUGGCUGGAGUGGCCUCGCCGCUAUCAAGACCUAUCUGCAAGUCAACCCGUCCAGCAAUGUGAUCCUCUUCGAGGCCGCCUCCUCCAUUGGGGGCGUGUGGGCCAAACACCGGCUGUACAAAGGCCUCAAGUCCAACAACAUGCUGGGCACCUACGAAUUCAGCGAUUUCCCCAUGGACCCGGCCACCUUUGGCGUCCAACCGGGCCAGCAUAUCCCCGGCCAUGUCAUCCAGCAGUACAUGGAGAAAUUCGCCGAGCAUUUCCAGUUCCGCGAUCGCAUCCGUCUCGACACGCGCGUGCGAUCGGCCGAGCACCGUCCCGACGGCACCUGGCUGUUGGCGACCGAGGGGACCGGCGAGACGACACUGGUGACGCGCAAACUCAUCGUCGCGACCGGCAUCACCUCCCAGCCCUACCUGCCCGCGUUCCCCGGCCAGGAGACCUUCGACGCGCCGCUGUUCCACUGCCGCGACCUCCCCCAGCACGAGGCCGAGGUCCUGCAGGAAGGCCGCCGCAUCACCGUCUUCGGCGGCACCAAAUCCGCCUGGGACGCCGUGUACGCGGCCGCCACGGCCGGCGCCGCGGUGGACUGGGUGAUCCGCGCCAACGGCCACGGCCCCGUCUGGAUGGCGCCGCCGUACGUCACGCCGCUGAAGAAGUGGCUGGAGAAGCUGGUCACCACCCGGCUGCUGACCUUCUUCAGCCCGUGCAUCUGGGGCGCCGCGGACGGCUACCCGCGCAUCCGCCGCUUCCUGCACGGCACCUGGCUGGGCCGCAAGCUCGUCGACGCCUUCUGGGCCAUACUGGCCAACGACGUGGUCCAGCUGAACCGCUACGACGCCCACGCGGAGACGGCCAAGCUCAAGCCGUGGAUCAGCCCCUUCUGGAUCGCCUCGGGCCUCAGCAUCCUCAACUACCCGACCGAUUUCUUCGCGCUGGUCCGCUCCGGCGCCGUGCGCGUCCACAUCGCCAACAUCGACCGCCUCUCCCGGGGGACGGUCCACCUAUCUUCCGGCACCGCCCUCCCCUCGUCCGCCCUCAUCUGCGCCACGGGCUGGAAAGCCACCCCCAACCUCGACUUCCUCCCCGCCGGCCUCGACCGCGACUGCGGCUUCCCCUGGCUGUCCCUUCUCUACUUCUCACGCCGCCGACGCUCUCACGCUGUGGUCUAUCUGCUGUUCCCGCUUGUCUCUGCCUAA